UUGAUGUCCAUAAAAUGUCAUCGAACGGUUCACAACAAACAAGAUACUCCUAUCUCUAACCUCUUCCAGUCUUCCUUGGACUUUCCAGAUUAGUCGCAUACAUAAACAGGCAACUCCUGCACAGUGUAGGAAGAGUGUGUUGAGGUAGGAAACGAUGUCGUUCCAUUCCUCGCUAUCAACUCUACAGUUCCCAUCUCUCUUAUCCAAAACCAGGAACAUCAGGGGAGACAAAAAACAGGCGGCCGUCUCUGUCAGCUCUCGGUUCAGAGCGUCUACCGAUAUACCUGAUUAUCUCUCGGCUGAUUGGCUUGAAUCUCGUAGGAAGAGACCUUUUGGCCCAAGGCUAAAUUUUAGUGCAGAAGAAGCCGUGCAGCACCAGCUUGAUGCAUUGAAAUAUAAUGAUCAACCACGUCCAGAUUAUGGAAUUGAAGUUAUGUACAGGUUUGCUGGAUUUGACCCAUUUGAGAGAUCAACCUAUUUUGGACCCUUCUUUGAUUUGGGGCAGUUUGAAAGAUUUAGACGUAUUUUUCACCAUUCAACCUACCGUGUUUUGCUUGGGCACAGAGAGAGAAAAAUCCUAAGUAGUUUGUUGGUGAAAGAGAAUAAAUUCAAGCAGCGAGUUUGGAUACGAGGAACUCGCCCAGAGGAGGAAGAAAUAUUUCAAUUUACCAUGGUUCAGAGAGUUGGUGGUUCAUGGGAUGGUUAUUGGCUGACAGAGUCUCUUUUAAAUGAUGGAGAUGCUUUUGCCGGUGGAUUAGCCUACUAACCUGUAAAUGAAGAUGGGACUAAGAUGAUGAGCUCAUUUUAGUCAUGUUGAAGAAUUUCACUGUCUUCCUACUCAGCCUCAGAAUUGUGUACAUAUUAUAAUAAACUAAGGUCAUGUUGAGCCCAACUGAUUCUGUAAAUUAAAGCUGUAUAUAUUAUUCUACAGGGUAAGUUACUAGUGCUUGCUUCUCUUCA